CCAGGAGGAAAAAAGAUGAACAUCAUUCUAGUCUUUCUAUUCAUUGCCCCACUUGCUCUUUCAGCUGGAGCUGAAAAAGAUUCUUCCUCCUUUGAUCCUGCUUUAUCUCCCGAGACAAGAUCAAGAUUUGCCAUGUUAGACGAUGUUCGAAUCUUAGCCAAUGGACUCCUCGAGCUUGGGCACGGUCUUAAAGACUUUGUCCAUAAGACAAAGGGGCAGAUGAAUGACAUCUUUGAAAAACUUUACAUUUUUGAUAGGUCCUUUUAUGAGCUCUCACUGCAAACAAGCGAAAUCAAAGAAGAAGAAGAACAGCUCAGACAAACUACGGCCAGGCUGCAAAUCAACAAUGAAGAGAUAAAGAAUCUCUCCCAGGAGAUGAAUUCGAAGAUUGAAGACCUCAUACAAAACAAAAUCCAGCUGCAAGAGAAAGUAUGGGGACUGGAAGACAAAGUCACCAAACUGGCCAUCACCCAGCCUUCAAUGGAAGAGACAAAGGAAAUUUCCUCACUCAAAGCUUUUGUGGAGCAGCAGGACAACGACAUCAAGCAGCUUCUCAAAGUUGUAGAGGACCAGCACAUAGAACUCGACAGACAGCACAACCAAAUACUGGAGCUGGAGGACAAGCUAAACCACAUUGAGCUCCAGGAACAUGCAGAGAACUCCUUGGUGGAGGAGCUCACAGAAUCAGAGGACACCCCUGUCCCUGUGCGCAACGCCACGGCUGUAACAUAUGGAUCUGAUGGUACCGCUCCUGACUGCAGUGCACUUUACAACAGCGGCACGCGGUCCAGUGGUGUCUACACUAUUAAGCCCAAUGGCUCCGAAGCUUUCGAUGUCUACUGUGAAAUGAAAUUUGGCAGUUCCUGGACUGUCAUCCAGAAGAGAGUGGAUGGAUCACUAGAUUUCAACCAAACCUGGGAUGCCUACACAAACGGCUUUGGUGACCUCAAUGAGGAAUUCUGGCUCGGCCUCAACAAGACCUAUUCCAUCACUAAGCAAGGAGACUACAUCUUACGGAUUGAGCUGCAGGACUGGAAAGAUAAUAAACGUUACAUCGAGUAUGCAUUCAGUUUGGGAGGCCCCGAAACGGACUACACCCUCCAGCUUUCACGGAUGUUUGGGAGCAUCCCCAAUGCCCUGCCAGAGCAGACAGAACUGCGGUUCUCAACUGCAGAUCAUGAAGCAAACACCACAAACGACUUCAACUGCCCAGAAAACUACCUAGGAGGCUGGUGGCACAGUGAAUGUGAGGAAACCAAUCUGAAUGGGAAAUACGUCACACCAAGGUCAAGAGGAAGACUAGACAGAAGGAAAGGCUUGUACUGGAAGCCUAAGAAAGGAAGAUACUACUUGCUCAAGUCAACCAAAAUAAUGAUACACCCAACAGAUCUAAAGAGUUUUGACUUUACUCAACCCAAUGUAAUUUAAUCCAGAACAUACACGCUGAACAUUACUACAUCAAAGGAGUUCAUGUUAUGUUUAAUAACAGAUGCAUGUCUAAAUCCAUACACUGUAUGGUGUAUUCUCCAAUACAUAAACCUGAGGCAUUUGUGAUGGUCUCACA